AACUCGCCUAAGAAGUGUAAUUGUUGUAAAAAAAGCUUUGUCAAGGAAAAAGAGUAACUAAUAACAAAAGAAUAGCAAAGAAGAAAAAAUUACAACAACAACAACCGCAAGAAGUGAGAGUCUUCACGAACAAAGGCGUAACGAACGCAACAAACAACGGUAACAUCAAAAACAACGACAAAAACAAAAUCAAACACAAACCAAAGUAAAACAAACGAAAGGAAACCCCUGAGAAAAGUUGAAAACCUCCUUAAAAAGAAAGUUAAUUAUGUUUCUUCUGUCAUGGAUGCUUUUACGGACUGUUUGUUGCCGCAGUACCAUAUUUCCCGUUACCCAUAACCCCAAUACACCUCCAGCAGCAGCAGCAGCAACUACACCCACCACAGCCAACAAAGUGUUAAGGCUGUAUUGAAACUGAAAACCUCCUAGUCAAGGAUCUGCCCUCGCAACAGCGGAAAUCAAGAGUUAAACAACGAAAAGUUAUUUCUUCACGCCUUACAUUCAACGCUCUCUCCCACCGCCAGCACCAACACUUUGCCCAGCUUCCCGGUGCACGCAAGCGAGCAAUCCUUUUGUUUGUUUUUUGUUGGAAUUCACUGUCACCACCAGAAACACCCAAGCUCGUGGCUGGCUGGUUGCGGAAAAUUUACCACAGGCCAUAACUGAGAAGAUUGCAACGUAGCUCGUUGGCGACCUCAACAACAACCCAUUGGCGAAAGUUUCAUUGUGCCAGUCAUUGCCCGAGCGAAGUCUUGCCAAAUAACCAUGAUGUGGGGUUUUGUGUGUGGCAACUGAAAAUUCGCAACCAUAUCCUUUGGCUUCGAACGAGGAGAGAGAGAGGUAGAGGUAGAGAGAGAGAGAGUGGUUGUUUCUUUGGCCUCUCUUAAGCAUAACACAUACUGCUGGCGAGCGAGACACACGCGUAAGCGAUAAACAACAAUUGAUUUGGGGUUUAUUAUUAUACUGCCGCAGCGAUUAUGAACAAAAAACCGCCUUUGCCCAUAACGGCAUUCAUUGGCGGUCCACAAACGAAUGCUGCCUCCAUAGCGGCCAAUAACGCCAGCAACGCGGCCACAGCCUCAAUGUGCUUUUCCACGCCGGCGAAAAGUGAAAAACAGCGAGAUCAUCAUCAGGCAAAUGCGGGCUCCUCGGGCCUUUGCGGCUGCCACAAAGCACCAAAGUCACAUUGCAUAUCCGCCACAGGUGUUCUGAUAUUGGUACUGUUAUACACGGCCAUGGGUUCGAUUAUUUUUGUAACGCUAGAGGGCGAACUGGACGAUACCACAGCAUUGGAGACCGCAGUGGCUGCCUCCAAACCCUAUCCCCGCAAUGAAUUGGCCACUGCGGACAUCAGAUCAAGAACGGUUGAUCGCCUGUGGUCGAUAACAGAAGAUUUGAAUAUUUUGUAUAAAGAAAAUUGGACCCGCUUGGCAGCUCAGGAGGUGCAACAUUUUCAGGAUACUUUGCUGCGCACCGUACGCAGUCAAUCGAAGGUACAUCAGACCGGUGUGCCCAUGAAUCCGCCCUCACAUAAAUGGACUUAUGCCUCAGCGUUUCUGUACUCGCUGACGCUGAUAACAACAAUAGGUUAUGGUGGCAUUUCCCCACGCACUCAAUGGGGCCGCAUAGCUGCCUUGGUGUAUGCCCUGUUUGGCAUACCCAUAGUGUUGCUGUAUCUCUCGGCCAUGGGUGAGGGCCUGUCGGCGGGCAUGCGUUGCCUAUUUCGCAAGGCCCGCUCGAAAAGUGCUGUAAGCAAUGGCAACGGCGGUGGCAAUAGCUCAAAUUCCAGUGGCAGUUCUGGGGUGGGCAACAAGAAUAAGCUACCCGGCGAUGGUGGAGGAAAACACAAAAAUAAAUCCGCACAACAUUUUCAAGCGGGCAAAAUGUUGCCCUCGCAUCAGUAUGGACCCAUGUCAAAACAUUGUGGGCCUACAGGGGGCUCGCCCAGUGUGCCCAUCUCGAUAUGUGUCAUGGUGCUGAUAUGCUACAUCACCUCGGGCGCUUUGCUAUUCCACAAAAUGCAGAACUGGAGUGUGCUGGAGGCCUUGUAUUUCUGCUUCACCUCCCUGGGCACCAUAGGCUUUGGUGAGCUGACGCCUUCGGGCAAUUUGACCUUGUACUUGGCCUCGGGCUAUAUCCUCAUCGGAAUGGCGGUGGUGGCCAUGUGCUUUAGUUUGAUACAAACAGAGCUGCUGAUGUGGCUGCGUCGCUUCAGUGUGCAGGACCAUGUUAUGCCACAAUCGGAUGAUGUGUCACUGGUCUCGGUGGCCGUAACACCCAAGUCCUCCUGACAACGACCCACCGCUGACCUGCUUGCAGGCAGCGCCGUUGGGCCCAACACAAUGGGCCAGCAUCAGACCAUGUUCUUUGGACCAGCGCAUGUAUUCUCCCAAUAUAAUUCGUUGCCGCGACGCACCCUGAACUCCAAUUUCCAGCGCAAUACGCCCAUACGAAGAUCCACCGGCAUACCGGAGCACCACAUUGAGUACUUUGUGCCACGCAGUGUUAGUGAAUUUAAUCUGUCGGGUGUGGGUGAUCUGGCCCUGCCACCGCCCCGACGCUGCUCACCCACCGGCAUGGGCCUGCCGCAUGGCCUGCAACUGGGACCACCGCAAACACUGAUAUGUGGUCCGCCACCACCGCCCCAGGUUCAGAUAGUGAUGAAGCCGCGCGAGAAGAUGGUCACCUUCGAGGAUGAGUCCAAGGGUAUGGUGGUGCCACCGCUGCCGAACACCUCGGUGGGCUCGACGUGUCCCCAUGGUGUGCCCACCACACCACGCAAAGCGACUGCAGGCCACGGCGUAGGCGGUGGGGGUGAUGUUUUUAUGUGACGUGAAUCGCUGAGAUGACCUACCCUUAGCGGUUUACUAAGCGAUACGGCUGCCUCCAGUGAUGAUGUCUUCUCCUUGAGUGCUGCGGCGGCUGCCUCCUCCACACAGGACCAUCAUCAGGGCCAUCAUGCCGUCAACAAUGAUGACGAUGACGACGACGACGACGACCAGGAUGCGGCAGGCUCCAGUAGUGAGCGUAAUUCCUUAGAUGGCAGUCUGGGAGAUUUGAAAAGCAAAUCCCAGCCUGGCGAUGUGAUACGUGUGUAAGCUCUAAGUGUAAGAAAAGCCCCCUCCCCCCCACAACAAACCAAACGACUAAGGCGACUGUAUCAAAAUGCUAAAAAAUGAGAAAAAAAUUUUU